CGGUGGUAUGUUUUGGUCGCUACGCGGGACCCUUGCUGCCGUCUCGUUAAAUCGCGAAAAUUAUUGAACGCCGAUCGAGUUGGAACUUUUAUGAGACAGCCCGAUCGCGAUUAUUUCGCAUUUAUACAUUUUCAAUUCAGUCAUAUUUCCUAUACGGUUCUCUUGGUCUUUUUAUUAUUCAGCUUCCUGGGAUCUUCUUCGAGAAGGAUCAAGAGGAUCUACGUUGAAAAAGCAGCACAAAAAAAAAGUAAGCCGAUCGUCUUCGUUUCAGACAUCGAUAGUCUUCGAUCGAUCAUCGGACCACGCUUCCUUUUUAUUUUCGCCGAUGAACCUCGCGAUUCCACGCUUUUCUUUCAAGAACGGUGCGCUUCCUGAUGUUCGCCGUAAUUGUUCGACGGUGGAUGGGGUCGUCACGGCCGUAAACCCGAUCACCUGGAACGAGAUACGUAGCCGACCGAGAAUGUCCUCAAAGAGGAAGUCGCCACCAACGAAGCUAUCGGAGGGCGGGGGCGGUGCGGGUACAGUGUCGAGCGGAGGCAACGAGGAAGAGGAGGACACGGGCUCUUCGGUGGUGACUGCCGCUGCUGUUGGAGGAGGAGGUGGUGGUGGUAGUAACAGUGGUGCAGCCACCACUGCUACCACUGUUCCUGGUGGUGGUGGUGGCGGCAACGGAGAAGAGAACGCUGCCUUGGAGGCGUCGGUCCCUGCGACUGUCCCUGUGACGAACGAAGAGGGUCGUAUUUUGGACGUCGAAGAGUGUUACUCUCAACAGAGAGGAGGAGGCCAGGAGUGCGAGUCCUCCGGGUGUUCCUCGCCGGCGACGACCAGCGAACCGGAUCUUCGAGACUCGCCUUCACCUUCCUCGAAUUCCAUUCGUGCUGCCAAAAGGCAGAGGCUCCUUUUCCUUUCGAAUCAAGAAAACGCGAGUUCCCUGUCUUCUACGGGCCCCUAUCAUCAUCCUCAUCAUCAUCAUCACCAUCACCAUCACCACCAUCAUCAUCACCAUCGAGCGAAUACGACUUCCUCCUCGGCAUCAUCCUUAACAGGCCUUCACGAGGCUGCUAGUUCCUCCGAGUGUGGUUCGCCGCCUACUCUUCUCAACGUCGAUUCUUAUUAUCAACCACAUCACAACGAUAAUAACAACACCGUUACCCAAAAUAAUAAUCACAGUAACAACGGCACCGGCAUCACCACCACCGCGACUACUACCGUUGCUAGUAAAAGAUCCAUGGACGACGUUCUCAAGAGGCUAACCUGUAAGAUGAACAGCGAGUCUCUUUCCCUUCAGGACGAUGUCAUGGAUAACAGGCGGAGUGCCACGCCCCCAACUGGACACAAUUCGCAUAGCGGAAACGCCGGUAACGUGGCGAACAACGUGCCUCCUUCGCCCCCAGCUGCAAGCAGGAUACAAAACACGGAAGGACAGGUUCAACAGGACGGUGCAGCGGCCCUUCAUAGGGUCCUCUGCGCCGAGAGCAUCGUUGAGAAAGAACGCAGGCUCUCCGAGAUGAUCCUGCAGCUGCAACUCCUCAGGGAACAACUGCUCCAGCAGCAGGACCAGAAGACGUAUCCACCACACAUGAGCGUAGACUCGCAAAAGCAAAUGGAAAUGCAACGGCUGCAAACGGAGCACUUGAAACGGCAACAAGAACACAUCAUGCAGCAUAACAUCCAGGAGCUGCAGGCACAAAUGACAAAGAGUCAGCUGAGCAUGUCGGGGCCGCAAUCGUUGAUGUUCCUACCGUUUCUCGAACAACUCAGGCUACCGGUCCAGUCGACGAUGCCACCACCGCCAGCCACGUCGACCGCGCCCACUGGCAACAAGCAUAUCAACUCCAUCGCCAAUAUGAUCGGUAGUCAUCGAGAAGGUCCAAGCUGGGCGACGGCACAUUUGGCUCAGAUGACGACGCAAAUGGAGAAAGAGUCGUCACCUACGCCAAUCUCGUCGGCGGUGACACCAACGGCGACUCCUUUACAGGAUCUCGAUGCCCCAUUAAACCUCACCAAGCCGAAAUCUUCCUCGUCGGGUGCGACAGCGUCUUCCUCGUCGCCUGAAAGCGAUUCGCAUUCGACCGGUGCUGGAAGUAGCGGUCAACAGGAACAACCUUUGGCUGCGACAGCACCAAAACUUUUUCCUCCUGGACUUCCAAUACCCAGGAAUUACCUAUCGACGUUACCCUACGCCGGUCUUCCACCACAUCUUAGUUCCCUACCUUCGCCUAUGGGCAAGGUAAUGGCCAAAGACGAACCUGGUGGACCUGGAGGUUCCGUUGCGGCUGCGGCGGUUGCCGCCGUGGAGAAGCACUUUGCGAUGCACGGAAUUUAUGGGCUACCACCAAGCGCGGGUGCGAUGCCACCCUCGCCUCAAACGCAACGACCGAUCAAACACUCUGGCUCUCGAGAGGACACGCCGCAAGAGGAGCAAGAUUUCCUCUCGUCUUCUCACAUGUGGCGAGACCCCGGAUACAAGGUGCCGGAAGACAUAACGGAAAAAGCUAAAAUGGUGAGGCAGCAGAAAAGGGAGGGUGAGAACAAACCGCACAUAAAACGACCUAUGAACGCGUUCAUGGUAUGGGCCAAGGAUGAGCGACGGAAAAUCCUGAAGGCCUGCCCUGACAUGCACAAUUCCAACAUAUCAAAAAUACUCGGUGCACGAUGGAAGGGGAUGUCGAAUUCGGAAAAGCAACCGUAUUACGAGGAACAAUCACGAUUGUCGAAGUUGCAUAUGGAGAAGCACCCGGACUACAGGUACAGGCCACGACCGAAACGGACGUGUAUAGUGGACGGGAAGAAGAUGCGCAUAUCCGAGUACAAGUCGCUGAUGCGGCAACGAAGGCAAGAGAUGAGGCAGCUUUGGUGUCGAGAAGGUGGUCCAGAGAUGAGCUUUCUGUCACCGGUCGGUUCGGAGCUGAGCUCACAGCAUCAUGCCGGAGGUGGAGGAGCAGGUCCAUCGGCGAGACCGUCGGUUUCGCCACCAGCGACGAUUUUGAACGGCGGUGGUGGUGGUGUCGGUGGUGCUGGCCCAAGCUCCGAUCACCCAUCCUUUUAUUACCCUCAGGACAGUCUUUCGCCUACGGACAUGAUGAACUUCUCACCGGAUAAUUCGGGCUCGAUCGGUGGCUAUGACGCCAGUCCACGGCAUCACGACGAAGAUUGAAACGUAGCUGCUCCGGUUGGCCAAGCCCUUUGGCCACCCGGAGCAACGGCGUUACCUUCGUCCUCGACCCCCACCAGCUCGUCCUCCUCGUCCUCGGCGUAUCCAGCGGUUGCAGCCGCAGCCGCGGCUGCCGCGGCGGCGGUCGCAGCUUCGUCCACCUCGUCAUCUUGCUCGCCCUCCUCCAGACUUGGCCACGAGUUGUAUUGGUAACCAAAGCUGCGCCCGCGCACUCCUCCUCCUCCUCCUCCUCCUCCUAUUCGUCCUACUCAUCCUCCUCCUCUUCCUCCUCCUACGCACACGAAGCGCACUCGAGGAAACACCACGCUCGACCAUCAUCCUUCGUCUCUUCUCGCACUUCUUCUUCUUCUUACUCUUAUUCUUUUAAUAUUUCUUCUUCUUAUUCCUACUUUUCUUCUCUAAAGAAAGAGAGAGCAAGGAAGAGAAGAGGGAGGG